CAGCAGCACCAGCACCCGCCGCAGCAGCAGCACCAGCACCCGCCGCCGCCGCAGCAGCACCAGCAGCCUCCGCCGCCGCGGCCGCCGCACCUGGUGCACCACGCGGCCAGCCAGCACCCGGCGCCCGGCUGGCGGGGCGCGGCGGCCGCGGCGCACCUCGGGCCCUCCAUGGGGGCGGCCAACGGCGGCCUGCUCUACUCGCAGCCUGGCUUCACCGUGAACGGCAUGCUGGGCGCCGCGCAGCCGGCCGGGCUGCACCACCACGGCCUGCGGGACGCGCACGACGAGCCGCGCCGCGCCGAGCCGCACGCGCUGCCGCCGCCCGGCCACCCCGCACCGCACGACGCGCACUCGGACGAGGACACGCCGACGUCGGACGACCUGGAGCAGUUCGCCAAGCAGUUCAAGCAGCGGCGCAUCAAGCUGGGCUUCACGCAGGCGGACGUGGGGCUGGCGCUCGGCACACUGUACGGGAACGUGUUCUCACAGACCACCAUCUGCCGCUUCGAGGCCCUGCAGCUGAGCUUCAAGAACAUGUGCAAGCUCAAGCCGCUGCUGAACAAGUGGCUGGAGGAGGCGGACUCGUCCUCUGGCAGCCCCACCAGCAUAGACAAGAUCGCGGCGCAGGGCCGCAAGCGGAAAAAGCGGACCUCCAUCGAGGUGAGCGUCAAGGGCGCCCUGGAGAGCCACUUCCUCAAGUGCCCCAAGCCCUCGGCCCAGGAGAUCACCUCCCUGGCGGACAGCCUGCAGUUGGAGAAGGAGGUGGUGCGGGUGUGGUUUUGUAACCGGAGACAGAAGGAGAAAAGGAUGACCCCGCCCGGAGGGGCCCUGCCGGGCGCCGAGGACGUGUUCGGGGGCAGCAGGGACACGCCGCCGCACCACGCGGUGCCCACGCCGGUGCCGUGAGCCUGCGGCCCGCCCCGCGCCCCGCCCGCCGUCCUUCCGUUCUUGGCCACCAUUCCCGUCCCUUCGGAGGAGAAGGGACGCUAAGGAGAGCGACCGCAGCACUGGACUGUCCUUUGAACGGUAGCAGGUGUCAUGAUAUGUUUCGACCUUUUCGGCUGGUGCCCAGGCAAUGGGGUGGAGUGUCUUAGAGAGAGAGAGAG